AUGCCCCAGCCCUGGCGCGGUGGCCUCUCUGCUCGCCUGGGGCGUGGGAGAACCAGCCAGUACUUCCCAGACACUUCCCCAGCCACGCACGUUACAGCAGCCAAGGGUGGGAAGUCGGGGGCAGGACCGGCCGCGCUUGCUGAGCCGCCGGCGGGAGGAUGGCGAGCCCGGCGAGGCGGCGCUCGGUCUGUGCGUCCAGGUCCUUCGCAGGGCGCCCGGCGGAGCUCCCGUUCUGACCGCUCCGGCCCCCUGGGAGAACUAAACCCAGCCCCUGCCUCGGAGGCGCGCCCCGGAGGCUGGCCCUCGGCGGGGCCCGGGAGCGGCGCGCAGAAGGAAGGGGGCGCC